CUCCUUCCUCUCCAGGAUCCUGCUGGGAUUUUUGAGCUGGUGGAAGUGGUUGGAAAUGGCACCUAUGGACAAGUCUAUAAGGGUCGACAUGUUAAAACGGGUCAGUUGGCAGCCAUCAAAGUUAUGGAUGUCACUGAGGAUGAAGAGGAAGAAAUCAAACUGGAGAUAAAUAUGCUAAAGAAAUACUCUCAUCACAGAAAUAUUGCAACAUAUUAUGGUGCUUUCAUCAAAAAGAGCCCUCCAGGACAUGAUGACCAACUCUGGCUUGUUAUGGAGUUCUGUGGGGCUGGGUCCAUUACAGACCUUGUGAAGAACACCAAAGGGAACACACUCAAAGAAGACUGGAUUGCUUACAUCUCCAGAGAAAUCCUGAGGGGACUGGCACAUCUUCACAUUCAUCACGUGAUUCACCGGGAUAUCAAGGGCCAGAAUGUGUUGCUGACUGAGAAUGCAGAGGUGAAACUUGUUGACUUCGGUGUGAGUGCUCAGCUGGACAGGACAGUGGGGCGGAGAAAUACGUUCAUAGGCACUCCCUACUGGAUGGCUCCUGAGGUCAUCGCCUGUGAUGAGAACCCGGAUGCCACCUAUGAUUACAGAAGUGAUCUUUGGUCUUGUGGCAUUACAGCCAUCGAGAUGGCAGAAGGUGCUCCCCCUCUCUGUGACAUGCAUCCAAUGAGAGCACUGUUUCUCAUUCCCAGAAACCCUCCUCCCCGGCUGAAGUCAAAAAAAUGGUCGAAGAAAUUUUUUAGUUUUAUAGAAGGGUGCCUGGUGAAGAAUUACACGCAGCGGCCCUCUACAGAGCAGCUUUUGAAACAUCCUUUUAUAAGGGAUCAGCCAAAUGAAAGGCAAGUUAGAAUCCAGCUUAAGGAUCAUAUAGAUCGUACCAGGAAGAAGAGAGGCGAGAAAGAUGAAACUGAGUAUGAGUACAGUGGGAGUGAGGAAGAAGAGGAGGAAGUGCCUGAACAGGAAGGAGAGCCAAGUUCCAUUGUGAACGUGCCUGGUGAGUCUACUCUUCGUCGAGAUUUCCUGAGACUGCAGCAGGAGAACAAGGAACGUUCUGAGGCUCUUCGGAGACAACAGUUACUACAGGAGCAACAGCUCCGGGAGCAGGAAGAAUAUAAAAGGCAACUGCUGGCGGAGAGACAGAAGCGGAUUGAGCAGCAGAAAGAACAGAGGCGACGGCUAGAAGAGCAACAAAGGAGAGAGCGUGAAGCUAGAAGGCAGCAGGAACGUGAACAGCGAAGGAGAGAACAAGAAGAAAAGAGGCGUCUAGAGGAGUUGGAGAGAAGGCGCAAAGAAGAAGAAGAGAGGAGACGGGCAGAAGAAGAAAAGAGGAGAGUUGAAAGAGAACAGGAGUAUAUCAGGCGACAGCUAGAAGAGGAGCAGCGGCACUUGGAAGUCCUCCAGCAGCAGCUGCUCCAGGAGCAGGCCAUGUUACUGGAGUGCCGAUGGCGGGAGAUGGAGGAGCACCGGCAGGCAGAGAGGCUCCAGAGGCAGUUGCAACAAGAACAAGCAUAUCUCCUGUCUCUACAGCAUGACCAUAGGAGGCCGCACCCGCAGCACUCGCAGCAGCCGCCACCACCGCAGCAGGAAAGGAGCAAGCCAAGCUUCCACGCUCCCGAGCCCAAAGUCCACUACGAGCCUGCCGACCGAGCGCGAGAGGUGGAAGAUAGAUUUAGGAAAACUAACCACAGCUCCCCUGAAGCGCAGUCUAAGCAGACAGGCAGAGUAUUGGAGCCACCAGUGCCUUCCCGAUCAGAGUCUUUUUCCAAUGGCAACUCCGAGUCUGUGCAUCCCGCCCUGCAGAGACCAGCGGAGCCACAGGUACAGUGGUCCCACCUGGCAUCUCUCAAGAACAAUGUUUCCCCUGUCUCGCGAUCCCAUUCCUUCAGUGACCCUUCUCCUCCCAAAUUUGCACACCACCAUCUUCGUUCUCAGGACCCAUGUCCACCUUCCCGCAGUGAGGUGCUCAGUCAGAGCUCUGACUCUAAGUCAGAGACGCCCGACCCUACCCAAAAGGCUUGGUCUAGAUCAGACAGUGACGAGGUGCCUCCAAGGGUUCCUGUGAGAACAACAUCUCGCUCCCCUGUUCUGUCCCGUCGAGAUUCCCCACUGCAGGGCAGUGGGCAGCAGAAUAGCCAGGCAGGACAGAGAAACUCCACCAGUAUUGAGCCCAGGCUUCUGUGGGAGAGAGUGGAGAAGCUGGUGCCCAGACCUGGCAGUGGCAGCUCCUCAGGGUCCAGCAACUCAGGAUCCCAGCCCGGGUCUCACCCUGGGUCUCAGAGUGGCUCCGGGGAACGCUUCAGAGUGAGAUCGUCAUCCAAGUCUGAAGGCUCUCCAUCUCAGCGCCUGGAAAACGCAGUGAAAAAACCUGAAGAUAAAAAAGAAGUUUUCAGACCCCUCAAGCCUGCUGGCGAAGUGGAUCUGACCGCACUGGCCAAAGAGCUUCGAGCGGUGGAAGAUGUACGGCCGCCUCACAAAGUGACGGACUACUCCUCAUCCAGUGAGGAGUCGGGGACGACAGAUGAGGAGGACGAUGAUGUGGAGCAGGAAGGGGCCGACGAGUCCACCUCGGGACCGGAGGACACCAGAGCAGCGUCAUCUCUGAAUUUGAGCAAUGGUGAAACGGAAUCUGUGAAAACCAUGAUUGUCCAUGAUGAUGUAGAAAGUGAGCCGGCCAUGACCCCAUCCAAGGAGGGCACUCUAAUCGUCCGCCAGAGUACAGUUGACCAAAAGCGUGCCAGCCAUCAUGAGAGCAAUGGCUUUGCCGGUCGCAUUCACCUCUUGCCAGAUCUCUUACAGCAAAGCCAUUCCUCCUCCACUUCCUCCACCUCCUCCUCCCCAUCCUCCAGCCAGCCGACACCCACCAUGUCCCCACAGACACCCCAGGACAAGCUCACUGCUAAUGAGACUCAGUCCGCUAGUAGCACACUCCAGAAACACAAAUCUUCCUCCUCCUUUACACCUUUUAUAGACCCCAGAUUACUACAGAUUUCUCCAUCUAGUGGAACAACAGUGACUUCUGUGGUGGGAUUUUCCUGUGAUGGGAUGAGACCAGAAGCCAUAAGGCAAGAUCCUACCCGGAAAGGCUCAGUGGUCAAUGUGAAUCCUACCAACACUAGGCCACAGAGUGAUACCCCAGAGAUUCGUAAAUACAAGAAGAGGUUUAACUCUGAAAUUCUGUGUGCUGCCUUAUGGGGAGUGAAUUUGCUAGUGGGUACAGAGAGUGGCCUGAUGCUGCUGGACAGAAGUGGCCAAGGGAAGGUCUAUCCUCUGAUCAACCGAAGACGAUUUCAACAAAUGGACGUACUUGAGGGCUUGAAUGUCUUGGUGACAAUAUCUGGCAAAAAGGAUAAGUUACGUGUCUACUAUUUGUCCUGGUUAAGAAAUAAAAUACUUCACAAUGAUCCAGAAGUUGAGAAGAAGCAGGGAUGGACAACCGUAGGGGAUUUGGAAGGAUGUGUACAUUAUAAAGUUGUAAAAUAUGAAAGAAUCAAAUUUCUGGUGAUUGCUUUGAAGAGUUCUGUGGAAGUCUAUGCGUGGGCACCAAAGCCAUAUCACAAAUUUAUGGCCUUUAAGUCAUUUGGAGAAUUGGUACAUAAGCCAUUACUGGUGGAUCUCACUGUUGAGGAAGGCCAGAGGUUGAAAGUGAUCUAUGGAUCCUGUGCUGGAUUCCAUGCUGUUGAUGUGGAUUCCGGAUCAGUCUAUGACAUUUAUCUACCAACACACAUCCAGUGUAGCAUCAAACCCCAUGCAAUCAUCAUCCUCCCCAAUACAGAUGGAAUGGAGCUUUUGGUGUGCUAUGAAGAUGAGGGGGUUUAUGUAAACACAUAUGGAAGGAUCACCAAGGAUGUAGUUCUACAGUGGGGAGAGAUGCCUACGUCAGUAGCGUAUAUUCGAUCCAAUCAGACAAUGGGCUGGGGAGAGAAGGCCAUAGAGAUCCGAUCUGUGGAAACUGGUCACUUGGAUGGUGUGUUCAUGCACAAAAGGGCUCAAAGACUAAAAUUCUUGUGUGAACGCAAUGACAAGGUGUUCUUUGCCUCUGUUCGGUCUGGUGGCAGCAGUCAGGUUUAUUUCAUGACCUUAGGCAGGACUUCUCUUCUGAGCUGGUAGAAGCAGUGUGAUCCAGGGGUUACUGGCCUCCAGAGUCUUCAAGAUCCUGAGAACUUGGAAUUCCUUGUAACUGGAGCUCGGAGCUGCACCGAGGGCAACCAGGACAGCUGUGUGUGCAGACCUCACGUGUUGGGUUCUCUCCCCUCCUUCCUGUUCCUGUUUUACCAAUUUAUCCCCAUUCUUUUUUUUUUUUUUUUCUUACUCCAAAAUAAAUCAAGGCUGCAAUGCAGCUGGUGCUGUUCAGAUUCUA